CAUCAAUGGACCCUGUCGAUACGGUACUAGAUACAAGAGGAGGUCGGUCCCAUGUAUGAACAUUAAAUGUUUUUACGAAGAUAGCGCGAUUGGUCCCGAGUCGUGCUCGUCGUCGACAUAUCAAAUCUUCUUCUGAACCUUCUUAUAGACCAACACUGUGUCGAUCUCCGAAUCCAUAUCAAUUUCAAGACCCCUCACCCCUGGUCGACAGCGUCGGAUAUCGAUGACUGUGACCCAUUGAAACUUUCCACCACCAACAACAACAGAGAGGACUGAAUAAAACAAAAAAACACUUAUCAUGGCUCUCUCUUCGGACGACGUGCGACCAGAUCCGACAUCUGACCUUCACUGGUCGGACUACCGCGGUGCCAUCCACGAGAUCUUCGCAGCCAAUGCUGCCAAACACCCCGAUCGAUCAUGUGUUGUAGAGACAACAUCAUCAACUUCUCCAGAACGGAAUUUCACCUAUCGCGAUAUCAACGAGUCAUCCAACAUCGUGGCUCACCAUCUCGUCAACAAUGGCGUCGAGCGUGGAGAAGUUGUCAUGCUUUACUCCCAUCGAGGUGUUGACUUGGUAGUGGCAGUCAUGGGUGUAUUGAAAGCCGGUGCCACAUUCAGCGUCAUCGAUCCCGCCUACCCACCUGAGCGACAGAACAUCUAUUUGGAUGUGGCCAGACCACGAGCUCUCAUCGUGAUCGAAAAGGCCACAAAGGAAGCUGGUCCGCUCCAUCAGAUUGUCCGAGACUUCAUCCAAGAGAAUCUACAGAUCCGAACGGAGAUCCCGGCUCUGAAGCUUCAGGAUGAUGGUUCUGUCUCUGGUGGAUCGAUCGAUGGCGGCGCCGAUGUUCUCCAAGCCGCCACAUCGUCCAAAGCGAGUCUUCCUGGCGUCGUGGUUGGCCCGGACAGCAACCCGACCCUCUCUUUCACAUCUGGCUCAGAAGGUCGACCCAAAGGUGUUCGAGGACGUCAUUUCUCUCUAGCGUAUUAUUUCCCUUGGAUGUCUGAACGUUUCAAUUUGACCGAGAACGAGCGCUUCUCCAUGCUGAGUGGUAUUGCUCAUGACCCGAUCCAAAGGGAUAUCUACACACCACUCUUUCUCGGCGCAUCUUUGAUUGUGCCUCCAGCUGAAGACAUCACAUUCGACAGACUGGCCAACUGGGCCAGCACAAACAAGAUCUCUGUUACUCAUUUGACACCAGCGAUGGGCCAAAUUCUCCUUGGUAGCACAGAACCCAAAAUUCCCAGUCUUCACGCAGCGUUUUUCGUUGGUGACAUUUUGCUGAAGCGUGAUUGUCGUCGGUUGCAACAACUUGCUCCAAACUGCAGAAUCAAGAACAUGUACGGCACAACAGAGACACAACGUGCUGUCAGCUACUACGAGAUUCCGUCUCUAAGCGAGAACCCGGACUACCUCGAAAACAUGAGCAAUGUAAUUCCUGCAGGACGUGGUAUGCUGGACGUACAACUGCUUGUGGUCGAUCGCGAGAAGAAGGAGCGCCAGUGCGAGGUGGGUGAGAUUGGUGAGAUCUACGUUCGUGCUGGGGGUCUUGCAGAGGGUUAUCUCGGCGACGAGCAGAAGAAUGCCGAGAAGUUUGUGGCCAAUUGGUUUGUCGACUCGCAGCGCUGGAUCGAUGAAGACAAUGAGCGAGUCGCCGCCAAGGGAUCGCCAGAACCAUGGAGAGAAGUCUUCUUCGGCCCUCGAGAUCGCAUGUAUCGCUCUGGUGAUCUUGGCCGAUACAUGCCGGAUGGCAAUGUCGAAUGUGUUGGUCGGGCAGAUGACCAGGUCAAGAUUCGUGGAUUCCGCAUAGAACUGGGAGAGAUCGACACUCACCUGAGCCAACAUCCCUUGAUCCGUGAAAAUGUCACACUGGUGAAACGCGAUCAUAACGAAGAGCAGAUUCUGGUCUCAUACUAUGUCCCAGAUAUCACCAAGUGGAAGCAGUGGUAUGCUGAGCAGGAGCAGAAUGCAAAGGGCGGCAGCGCGAUCCCCCAACGACAAGACAUCACGGACGCGAAUACGCUUGUUGAGCGCAUGCAGGUGUUCGAGCUUUUGACAGCAGAUGCUCGAGAGACUUUGAAGCAAAAAUUGCCCGUCUAUGCAGUUCCAACUCUCUUCAUCCCCAUGCUCCGCUUCCCACUCACGCCAAAUGCCAAAGUUGACAAGAGAGCGCUGCCGUUUCCCGAAGCAGCUGAUCUUCUUGGCUCGAUCCCCAAAGCUACCGAUCUUAGCUCCCGCACAGAGACCGAGUCAGCGUUGGCUGAUAUCUGGGCAGCCCAUCUCAAGACUCGCAAUCACACCUCAGAGACUCUCCCACGAGAGACCAGCUUCUACGAUCUUGGCGGCGACAGCAUCAUGACAGUGCAGAUUGUGCCAAAGAUCAAUCGUCAUUGGCAAGGCGUAAAUGUGCCUAUGUCGGUCAUGGCUGGCCGCAAUCCGACUCUCAAGAGCGUGGCGAAAUACAUCGACAAAUCACUCAACCCUUCCUCAACACACGCUGGCAAAGAUGAGGAAGAGUCGGAAGAACCGCAACAGCACUAUGCUGACGAUCUGCCAUCUCACAUUUCUGCCCUUCCUGCAUCCAUUCCCAGCGCCGAGCUUCCGAGCGUGGAGAAGGGUAUCAAUGUUCUGCUCACUGGUGCAACCGGUUUCCUCGGAGCAUAUGUCCUUCACGACGCUCUCUCACGACAGCCUGCCUUACAUGUGUAUGCACAUGUCCGUGCCUCUUCAGCCAAAGCCGGCUUGGAGCGUAUCCGGCAAACAUGCACAGCGUACGGCCUGUGGCAAGACUGGUGGAUCACCGAAGGCAACCUCGAGGUUGUCCUGGGUGAUCUCGAGAAGCCUCGCUUAGGACUUAACGAUGCCGACCAUAAGAAGAUCAUAGAGGAGGCCGACCUCAUCAUCCACAACGGCGCCCGUGUGCACUGGCUGAUGCCAUACGAGAACCUCCGCGCUGCCAACGUCCUCAGCACCCUCGAAGGCAUCAAGAUCUGCGCCACCGGCAAGCCAAAACGUUUCGCUUUCGUCAGCUCCACCAGCACCCUCGAUGCCGAGCACUUCGUCCAACAAUCCGCUUCAGGCCAACCGGUCCUCGAAUCCGACGAUCUAAGCGGCAGCCGCACCGCCCUCACGACCGGCUACGGCCAGACCAAAUGGGUCUCCGAAGCGCUCAUCCGCGCCGCCUGCAAGCAAGGCCUCAACGGCACCAUCAUCCGUCCGGGAUACGUCAUGGGCGACCCGCAAUCCGGCGUCAGCAACACCGACGACUUCCUCGUGCGCAUGCUCAAGGGCAGCAUCCAAGUCGGCGCCCGUCCGGACGUCUCCAACACCAUCAACAUGGUCCCCGUGACCCGCGUCGCCCGCGUCGUGACCUCCGCCGCCAUCUACAGCCCGAGCGGCAGCAUCGCCCACGUGGACGCGCGACCGCGGCUCACUUUCAACGACUUCCUCGGGGCGUUGGAGAAAUUCGGUUAUGAUGCGCCCGUCGAAUCAUAUGACCUGUGGGCCCGUCGCGUGGAGAAAUUUGUCGAAGAUGGCCCGGCCGCCGGCAAGGAAGAUCUCGCUUUGCUGGGUUUGUUCCACAUGGUGACGAGCGAUCUGCCGGAGGCGACCAAGGCGCCCAAUUUGGACGACCGAAAUGCUCAGGCGGCGCUGAAGGCGGACAAGUGGAAUGCUCGGGAAGAGGGAAGUACGCCUGCGGCUGUCACUGUUGAGGCGGUGGCUGCGUAUGUCGCUUUCUUGGUUGCGAGAGGGUUCUUACCUCCUCCGCCCAAGGCCAGUGUUGCAGAUAUCACGCUGCCCGCCGUGGCGAUGGCGCCAGCGCAGGUCGAGGCUUUGAACAAAGUCGGAGGACGAGGUGGAGCGGCGUAAAUGGGUGCUGAGGAUUGUGGUAGAAACAUACGAAUCAUAGGCAAAAUAAAACUUCUUGUUUUGAAUCGUCUG